ACCAAAGGCUAAGUCUUGAAAACAUGAUACCUGCAACUGUUCACACUGUCCUGAGUGCUCUAUAUUUAUGCUGCCACAGAAAGAACUGGUUAUACUCUGAGAAGAAACACUAAGGACUGAAAUGCGCUUGCAAGCUAAAGUAUCCUCAUCAUGAAUAGGUACACAACUAUCAGACAGCUUGGUGAUGGAACCUACGGCUCUGUCCUCCUAGGGAGAAGCAUUGAAUCCGGAGAGCUAAUAGCCAUUAAGAAAAUGAAGAGAAAGUUUUAUUCCUGGGAGGAAUGCAUGAACCUUCGAGAGGUUAAGUCUUUGAAGAAAUUAAACCAUGCCAAUGUAGUAAAGCUGAAAGAAGUUAUCAGGGAAAAUGAUCAUCUGUACUUUGUGUUUGAAUAUAUGAAGGAAAAUCUUUAUCAGUUGAUGAAAGAAAGAAACAAACUGUUUCCUGAGUCUACAGUUAGGAAUAUUAUGUAUCAGAUCCUGCAAGGGCUUGCGUUUAUCCAUAAGCAUGGGUUCUUUCACAGAGACUUGAAACCUGAAAAUCUCCUUUGCAUGGGACCAGAACUUGUGAAAAUAGCAGACUUUGGCUUAGCCCGAGAAAUCCGAUCUAGACCUCCUUACACUGAUUAUGUAUCCACAAGAUGGUACAGGGCUCCUGAAGUCCUUCUGAGAUCCACCAGCUAUAGUUCUCCAAUAGAUAUUUGGGCUGUUGGUUGUAUAAUGGCAGAAGUUUACACGCUGAGGCCUCUCUUCCCAGGCGCCAGUGAAAUUGAUACUAUAUUCAAAAUUUGCCAAGUCUUGGGGACGCCAAAGAAGAAUGACUGGCCUGAAGGCUACCAACUCUCAGCCUCCAUGAAUUUUCGCUGGCCUCAGUGUGUACCUAACAACCUAAAAACCCUCAUACCUAAUGCUAGCAGUGAAGCAGUGCAGCUCAUGAGAGACAUGCUGCAGUGGGACCCCAAAAAGCGGCCAACAGCUAGUCAGGCACUUCGAUAUCCGUACUUCCAUGUUGGGCAUGCUCUGGGCUUUCAGGAACUGGGGAAACAAAAGGAACUGCAUAAUAAAUCGUCUCUGCAUAUUAAGCCUGUCCCUCCAGCACAACCCCCUCCAAAACCUCAUGCCCGCAUCUCGUCAAGGCCUUUUCAACAAAGCCAGUCUUCUCAGCACUUGGUGUACCCGUUUAAGACAGACCACUCUGGGGCUGAGCACGGUAACUACUUACAGGAGGACAAGUCUAACCAGGUUCUUCUGCCAGCAAUUCACAAUAAGGUUCCUCAGCAGAAGACAUCUGCUGGGACUGAGAAUAUAAAUGGUGAACUUAAGCCAAAAACUAGGAGAAGAUGGGGACAUCUUGCUAGAACAGUGAAGAGUUCUGAAGACUGGGAUGACUUGGAAGACCUUGAUUUCAGCUCUUCCAUCACGAGGGUGGACUUGAAAAACAAGAAGAGGCAAGGUGAUGAAACUCUUUGCCGAUUUGAAAGCAUUUUGGACCUGAAGCCUUUGGAUGCUGUAGGCUCUGGCAGCAGUGCACCUUCCCAUACAACCUUCCCACGGCAGGACACUCCCACAUUGCGAGUUUCUGCAGCAAAGCAACACUACUUGAGACAUUCUAGGUACCUACCUGGGAUAAGCACAAGGAAUGGCAUUGUCUCCACUUCGAACAAAGAGUCUGUUCCGUCUAAUCCAUGGCCCAGUUCUGGUUUGCCUGGGAAAGCUUCCAGCUUGGGAGGAAGCAUUAACAGGAUGAAUUCAGGGCCCAUAGGAUCAAGCGGUCUGACUAGCGGUUAUAUCCCUUCAUUUCUGAAGAAGGAAGUAGGUUCUGCUGGGCAGAGGGUUCAGUUAGCACCAGUUGUGGAUCCAUCUUCUAAUUAUGCUUCUCUGAAGUCAGUAAGGGCCCAUCUUGGGCAGCCAUCGUUCAGUUCGCCUACAAAAAGCACGCCAAGGUUAAUGCCUCUCCCACCACCAGCUCAGCCAAUCCACGGGCGUGUGGACUGGUCCGCAAAGUAUGGUGCUCACCGGUGA